AUGGCUCCCAAGCAGUACAGAACGCCGCCGCAGCUGCCUCCAAAGUUCACAGCGACGACGCAGAGCCUGUUGGACGACACGAAGAAAAUCAUCGAGCAGUCACGCAAGGUCCAAGAUGAUAUCGUCAAGGCUGACAAGGCGACAUUCGCUGAUGUCAUGCUCCCUAUCGCGCAAGAUGACAACAAAAUGUCUCUCGAGACACACAUCAUCGGCUUCUACAACGCCGUAUCCACAAACAAAGCCCUGCGCGAUGCGUCCAGCGAGGCAGAGCAGCUGCUAGACGACUUUGGGAUUGAGUCGUCUAUGCGCGAGGACGUCUUCAAGCUUGUCGACCAGGUUUUGAAGAAGAAGGAGCAGCUGGACCCAGAGUCGCAGCGCCUGCUCGAGAAGGAUCACAAAGGCUUCAUUCGCAAUGGACUGAGUCUGCCGGCGGGCGAAAAGAGGGACAGGUUCAAGGCAAUCAAACAGCGACUGAGUCAGAUUAGCAUUGCCUUUUCCAAGAACCUGAACGAGGAGAACAGUGGACUUUGGUUCACACCCGAGGAACUGGAUGGCGUGCCAGAGGACGUGACGUCUGGCCUGAAGAAGGGCGACGGCGAGAAUGAAGGCAAGCUUUGGCUCACCUUCAAGUACCCUGACCUGUUCCCCACGCUCAAAUACGCGACAAACGCCGAGACACGCAAGAAGGUCUAUAUUUCGAACGAGAACAAGUGCCCCCAGAACGUGGACUUGUUCCGGGAAGCCAUCAUCCUUCGCGAUGAGGCGGCCCGCAUCCUUGGCUACAAGAACCACGCCCAAUUCAGGAUCGAGGACAAGAUGGCCAAGACUACAGAGACAGUCGACGAGUUUCUGGGCGACCUGCGCAAGCGACUUGCUCCUGGAGGCAAGACGGAGAUCGAGAAGCUGAUGAAGUUCAAGGAUGCAGAUGCCAAGGAGCGUGGCUUGACCGGCGAGCUGGCUGACAAGUACUACUUGUGGGAUCACAAGUACUACGACAGGUUGAUGCUCGAGAAGGACUACCAGCUUGAUCACCAGGUCAUCGCAGAGUACUUCCCUCUCCAGACAACCAUCCAGGGAAUGCUGAAGAUUUUCGAGGAGCUCUUUGGUCUGGUCUUUGUCGAGAUUGCGGGCGAAGAGGAACGGGCUGCACUUGCGGAGGGUGGGAAGGGAUCGGACAUCGUAUGGCACGAGGACGUCCAAGUCUUCAGCGUAUGGGACGAUGAGGGUGAAGGUGCUGGUUUCGUCGGAUAUCUCUACCUCGAUCUGUUCCCGCGAGACGGCAAGUACGGACAUGCUGCCAACUUCAACCUGCAGCCUGGAUACAUAGACGAGAGUGGCAAGCGACGAUACCCUGCCACAGCGUUGGUCUGCAACUUUUCCAAACCUACGCCCAAGAAGCCCUCACUCUUGAAGCACGAUGAGGUCGUCACACUCUUCCACGAGCUUGGCCACGGUAUUCAUGAUCUCGUCUCCCGAACAACAUACUCUCGUUUCCACGGUACAAACACAGUUCGCGAUUUUGUCGAGGCGCCAUCUCAGAUGCUAGAGAACUGGUGCUGGACCCCAUCCCAGCUUCGCUCGCUCUCGCAUCACUACUCCUUCCUCUCUCCAGAGUACAAAGCUGCGUACCUCGAGUCUUCUGGGUCGGACAAAGAGGCGCCGUCGGAACGCAUCCCGAACUCGUUGAUUGCUAACUUGAUCAAUACAAAGCACGUCAACGAUGCCCUGUUCAAUCUGAGACAGUUGCAUUUCGGAACCUUCGACAUGGCUGUUCACGAGCCGGCGAGCCAUGAGGUAAUCGAGAAACUGGAUGUCGGCGAGACAUACAACAAACUACGACAAGAGAUCUCCCUACUCGAUGGGCCGGAAACUCUCAGUGGCGAGAAGAAAGGUGACUGGCAUUGGGGCAAUGGCCAAGCCACUUUUGGUCACCUGAUUGGUGGAUACGAUGCUGGUUACUACGGCUACCUCUCUUCCCAAGUCUACUCCACCGAUAUGUUCUAUUCCGUCUUCAAGAGCGACCCUAUGAACCCCAAGGAAGGACGUCGCUACCGUCACACAGUCCUCGAGCGCGGCGGCUCGAAAGAGGAGAUGGACAUCUUGGAGGAGUUCCUCGGCCGCAAACCCGACACCGAGAGCUUCUAUAAGGAACUUGGCAUCAGCAAGUAA